AAUACCAAUGCGGAAUGAAGUAGCCAAAAAACCUCCACGGACAACACCCCAGAAGCCUCGCACCACCAGGGGAAGAGGAAGGGGGGAGGAGGGGAGAGAGGGUUGGAGAGCGGUGGAAGGGAACUUCUCCCUUCCCCCUGUUUCGAGGUAAACACAGCCUUCUCUGCAAAAAGGCAAUAUUGUACUUUAAAUGCUUAAAUUGACAGGACCAUUGCACUCAAACUAUUUCACUGAAAUAAAGUGGUAUGGGUGACUUUAGUGGUCCUUUAAGGUAUAUGACAAAAUAAAAUACUGGGCCAAAUUAUUUUCCUGUUCCAUAUUGAUAAUUUUUUUCUGUUAACAAAUGUGUCACUUUCAGAAUAUAAAGAAAGAAUGUGCCUUUUUUCAGACAAAUUUUUCUGCUGCCGUCAGUGGUGGGGGAUAUAUAUAUAUUUUAUUGUCAAUCUUUAUUUAUAUUGUGCGAAAAAAAUAAUACCAUGCUUAGUAAGCCACAACAGCUACCACAAACAUAGAGAAAACAUGCUGUAUAAUAACAAUAUUAUGGCAUUCAGAUAAGCCGCACAUUUUCUUUAGUUUUAUAGUAUGCUUAGUUAAAUGCGUCUAUAACAUGACUAUCACCGGUAGCAUGCAAGGUAUACAUGACUGGUAGACACGUUUCAUAUGUAAGUAUAUGGUUGUUAGCGCUAAACUUUAGGUGUCUGCCCAGUUGUUAUAGCCGCCAUAUGCGGUGUGAUAGGAGUGUAAGGAGAUUAAAGGCAGACCCGUGAGGGUUGCAAGCGUAUAUCCACCUAGAAGACACACAUAUAGCCAAGUUGUGGUGACUGAGUGAUUGGAGAUUUCAAAAUAAAUUCGGAAAAGGAGCAUAUUUAUAGUAAAAUAAAAGUUAAGGGUUAGUGAUAUACGAGGGAGUAAGGCCUGCGGAGUAGGAACUGUUGAUACCAGGAACAUGUGAUUAAGGGAUAUAAACUAUAAUGUCCCGCAUAUAAACUGCAUGUCGGGCUGUGAAUUAGUGAGCUAAGCGUGAGGUGUGCAUGCAGGUAUUCUACUCAUCCAUGUGCGGCCUCAUUUAAUAUUUAUAUAUAAUAUAUAUCCUUAAUAAUUUGAAUGUUUAAUUUCAGACAUAUGUGUCCAUUAUUUAGUCAUAUGAUGCUCUUUGUUGCCUUCUUGUCUUUUAAAAUGAUUACACAGUGCUCAGCCCAACAUAAAUACUUGCAAAAGAAACAAUAUUUUAUUCCCAACUCAAUACUGAGAACCAGGUUCCUUUAUAAACCAGCUCUCGGACUGUACCACGUCAGCAGCAGGUUAACAGAACACUGCCCCUAUUCCCCCUCUAUUUUCUUCCCUUGGUAGCGGCCGUUACCCGGAAGAGCUCAGUAGACGGCUGACCCCUCCCUUUCCUCUAGCAGCCAGCGGUGACAAUGGUGAGUAAAGCUUGCCUCUCCCAUGCAAUCUAUCGCCAUCCUAACUAAUCUUGCUAAUACACGCCACGUUUCCACCUCUGCUGAGGGCCAGAGAGUAUGGGGGACACGCUGUGCCCGUUAUUUGUGAUUUGCGUGCAGUUAUAUUGGUGGAUAGAGGAAAUGUUUCGCUCGCCCCCUCCUUACCCGUCUGAGGCCUCUGUAUAAGCCGGGCCAUGGCGGCCUGAGAUGGCUCCCCUGCCACAUGUUACAUUGUAUCCCAUAGCAGCGCUCACAUGGGCGCAGUGCAGCCAGUCAGUAAGUCUGACCUGGGCUGAAUAGCCAGUGUCAGAGAGAGCUUUACAUUGUAAAUAAUACAAAUGUGUUGUCGCUUCCUACACGUAUAUAGUGUGUAUGAUGAUGUCUAAGUGUUUCCCCUGCACCUUGGAUAAAAGACACGCAAAGCAACAAGGAUAGUUUAAUACUGUAGUGUGUAAACACAGUAAGAAAAUACUUCUUAUAGAACAUACUUUUUGUACCUGCUCUAUAAGAAGUAUUUUUGUUGAUUGUGUUCACACAUUUGUAUUAUCCUUGUUGUCUUGUAUGUAAUUUUUUACAUUGUGGAUGCUUGUGCUUGAAGGUUGGGAUGACAGAUAAUGUGUAAAAAGCAUUUCCUCCUCCUCAGUCUCAACAACGGUGAAAGUACAUUUUGUGGAAGGAAAUUGUAUGUAAAGGACAAAAAGCUAAAUUAAUACAUGUCUCCUUGCAUAUUAUGAAAAAAUGAGGUCUGCUUCAAUAAAACAGAAUAAAGCAGUGACUUUGUGUAGAUUCAAGGCCUGUUUACUGAUAAAGAUUGAGCUUUAAGGGGGGAGAAGAGAUGAUAGCUUAUAUUUGUAACAAUAGUUUGUUUCAGAUUCCCCAUAGUCUUACAUAAAGUAUCAGUUAUUCACUAAACCGAGGUCUGCAGCCUUCAGCACUCAGGAUGUAGUGGGCUACAUAUCCCUUGAUACUUUGCUAGUAUUAUGGCUGUAAGAGAAUUAUGGGAGAUGUGGUCCACAACACUUGGAGUGCCAAAGGUUGACUGCCCUGCACUAAACCAAGCAUAAGAUCUUAGAUUUAUAAGUAGUCUGUAGAACUUAAGCUGUUGCUUUCUUGGCUUUCAAAAUGAGUGCUGCUUGUUUUUUCCACUUUAUAUAACUGGAUCCUAUACUGAUUGAAACUUAUUGUUUCAGGCAAAAAUCAAGGCCCGAGACCUGCGCGGUAAGAAAAAGGAGGAGCUGCUGAAACAGCUGGAUGACUUAAAAGUUGAACUUUCCCAGCUCAGAGUAGCCAAGGUGACUGGAGGUGCUGCAUCCAAGCUGUCAAAGAUGUGAGUAUUUGGUUCAAAGGGGCUCUAGUGCUCAUGUUGCUUUUAAACCUUAACAAACUUGUGUCCAAAGUAACAUUUGUGAAGUCUCUCUUCUGCUGUAGUGGUUGAUUCCAAAAGAACCUUUGUCCAGUUCCCCCUUAAUGGGGAAAACCAUUUAGGAAUAGUUUGCCCUCUUACCUGGGUCCCUGCUGGGCUUCGAGUCUCUGGUGACAUGCUUCCAGCUUCUGAAAUGCUGCUGAGAGCAUCAGCUGACAACUCUCACCCAAUGAUCAGAACACUGCAUGAACAUUUUCACAGAAAUGACAUUAGCUGCGUAGAGCUCUUAUUCCAGAGUUACAUCUCCAGCAGCCGAAACUCAUAGAAAAAUUCUGCACAUACAAGCUCAAAGAACCACAACCACUUCAAAUCAUUGAAGUGGAGAUGGCGCUUGGAGUAACUCCAUAAAAGGACAUUCUGUAUCUGAUGAAUCCUAGUGCGAAACCUUCAGUUUUUUGCUAACAAUCCAAAAACGAUUGCUGCAUCAUCUUGUCUCCCACUCAGUUAGACAGAGCCUGGAAAUUACAUUUAUACUUUCCCAUAAACAUUCACCAUAUCACUUUAUUUUCUAUUUUAACGAGCAUUGUGCAUAUGAGUAGAUAAUGGAAAUUAUUCUCAUCAAAUCAGUUUUUUAAUAUUGCAUUAUUUUUGUAAGUUUGGAAGUAUUACCUUGGACUUGGAAAGGUGUCUGUUCUAUACUAACGUUUGAAGGGAUUUUGACAUCCACAAAACAUUUGUGCGCGCGUUGGGUGUGAAUGCAAAUUCUAUACUUUGUACUUGAGAAUUAAAUUGCCAGAAUUUUGAUAGUGUCACUGUCUUUUGUAAUGAGUUACUUGUAAUUGGAAAUAAAGGAAUGCUGACAUUUAUUUAGAUUGAAUUGUGCAUGCAUUCUCGCAACCCAUUUCUGGUUAAUAGGUUCAGAAAUCUUCUCUGAUUUGGCUCUUAUGCAUUAAUGCCAUAUAACCGGCUUGGAGGAACAUGAUUUACCCGUUUUACAGUUCUCCAACACUUUUUAUGGUGAUAAAUUUCUGAUCUUUUGUUUUUUUGUUUUUUUUUCUUUCAGCCGUGUUGUCCGCAAAUCCAUUGCUAGAGUCCUGACUGUGAUCAACCAGACACAAAAGGAAAAUCUGAGGAAGUUUUACAAGGUAAGCCAGUGCUAGUUGCUUGUUGCACAUAUGCAUCUGUGUCUGAACUCUGCUUAAUCACCACCUCACUUUUUCUGCCUUAUAUUGACAUCUACAAAUCUAGAAUCUUUUUAUAAAAAAAAAAAAAAAAAUUUCCAGUUGCAGUGUAAAAUUUGCCCAAUUACAACAUUUAGUGUACUUUACGAUUAGCCCAUUUUAAUUUUUUUAUUUUAGGAAAGUUGAAGAAUUUUGUACAAGUCUGUUUUCCAUGUAAUACCAAUUUUCUUGGCUAGACUUGUUGUGGAAGCUAGUAUUUUAAUUGAUAUGAAAAUUUAGAGAUUAAAACAAAGCUCCAAAAUAAACCAGACAGUGGAAUUUACUUAAGAAUCGCACUGUGUGUUUAUGUAAAAGUCAAAGAACCUGCAUAAAUUUAACCUUUUUUAUAUAGAAUUGUUUUUGACAUCUUGAUCUGUAUGUUGACACUUCUAUACAAAGUGCAGUGGUCAUAGUAAUCUGAUCUCUACCAGAUCAUAAAAUGUUCAUUUUCACAAUGGGUUGUCUGUUAUUUCAUGAUUAAAUUUGUGCUUUAGCCAAAUGCAGACUUAAUUCCACCUUAGAUGGCUGUAAUGAGAAGCACAUUAAAGUUAAAACGAUUUUCCCCUUGACUUUGUUUAAUAGAAGAAAUAUUUAAAAUUCUUGUUCCACUUGAAUCUUAAGUCUGUUAUAUUUGCAGAUCCAUGCUUUUUCUCGUGCGCACACACACCGUUUCUCAGCAGUUGUAGUCUGGUAUAUUACAGAUGGUCAAUUUUUAGAUCCAAUUACUUUACCUUGCACAUAAAAAGGUCUCUUGCUGUGCAUAGUGGUGUGUAACUGUUGUCUGUAUACUUCACUCAAGCAAGGAGUUAGAGAUUUCAAAUUCCUAUACUUUAAUCUGGGGUUGUUAUAGUGUGGAGUGUAUUAUGUUGAGAAAACAUGGAUGCAUAUAUAGUUUUACCUCACUACCUUUUUGUAUUUGUGAGAAUCCUUUGACGUAAGGAUGGGGAGAAAUAACAUCUGGUAUUUAGAAUAUUUUAAAUGAUCUUUUAGCCAAGAUUCAAGUUAAAUAUGUUCUUUGUAGAAUGUGCUGCCAUUGAAAGUUGAGCUGCUGUUUUUAGAUGGCAGAUUUUGCUUCCACUGUAACUUUGUGUUAUUGUAGCCUUCUAUACACUUGUUUCAUAUUCUGAUACAGCAUUAAUAAGUGUAACUUAAUUUCUCUUUCCCAUUUACUCAUACAAUUUCCUUUAGUCACACACAUGAUAUGCAGUAAGUGCAAUGGCUAGCCAUAUCUGUUCAUAGUGUAUUUACGAAACCUUCUAUUCACAAAUAUGUUGAUGUUAAAUGGUUAGAAUACUAGUGCCUAUGGGAGCACUGAGCAGAGUUGGCUACCACUUGCUCAGAGCUCAUCACAAAUAGGGUAGCAUGAGGUGACAGCAGAUAGUUGAUUAAGAAAUCCAUCCGCACCUUAUAGGUGCACUUUGUUUUAUGAUUAUAGCAGGGAUGAACUGUUUAUUUAGGUAAUCUUUGUAGGCCUUGCAGGUAACCUGGUGCAUCCAACACUGGUUUUGAGCAAUAGUUUUACAAAUUGUAUUUUCCCUUUCACAUUAUAACAGGGAAAGAAGUACAAGCCUUUGGAUUUGAGGCCAAAGAAGACUAGGGCUCUCAGACGUAGGCUGAACAAGCACGAAGAAUCCCUACGGACAAGAAAACAGCAAAGAAAAGACCGUCUUUACGCAGUGCGCAAAUUUGCAGUUAAGGCAUAAGUCACUCAUGCUCUGAUUAAAAAUUUUUUGGUCUAUUCCCUCUGUGUUGGUGUGUGCUUUGAGAGUGUUUUAAAGAGUAACUGUUAUA